AUGGUGCAGGUGCUUGUUUGUUCUGACACUUUUUUUUUGGUAUUUACAGAGAAUGAUGAUUUUCAACCAAUCGCACCUGUUGUGAAAGCUCAACCUCUUAAAAGUAACUGGGAAGAUGAAGAUGUGGAUGAAGAUGAUGUCAAAGAAUCUUGGGAAGAGGAGGAAGAGAAACCUAAGCCACAACCUGUAGAAAAGCCUGCUCCAAAACCUAGUGCUAAAGCUGCUGUGAAAAAAGGUAAACAGCCCUCAACGAGUACUGAGGUAGUGGACGAUGAUGUUCUUGAUGAUCCUAUUUCAGAGAAGCUUCGCCAACAAAGGCUAGUGGAAGAAGCUGACUUUAAGGCAACAGCUGAGCUUUUUGCAAAGAAGGACGGCAGUGAAAAGUCACUAGAGACUUUCAUCCCGAAGUCUGAGAGCGACUUUGCGGAAUAUGCUGAGCUUAUCGCAAACAAAAUUCGCCCGUAUGAGAAAAGCUUUCACUACAUGGGUCUACUUAAGAAUGUCAUGAGACUUUCCAUGACAUCGUUGAAAGGUGCGGAUGCGAAAGAAAUAUCCUCCUCCGUCACGGCAAUUGCUAAUGAAAAGAUCAAGGCUGAGAAAGAAGCUGCAGCAGGCAAAAAGAAAGGAGGAGCAAAGAAGAAGCAGCUCCAUAUAGAGAAAGGAGAGGAGGACUUUGUUGCCCGACCGGGUGCAUCUUUUGAUGACCCCGACGAGUUCGACUUCAUGUGA